UAAAUGUCUUAAAGCACGUGUAUUAGAGGUUAUAUUGACAAUAAUCCAGUUUUCUUUGUUGCGUAUUACACUCGAUACGAAAACACAUAAUAUUUUUGAUAGAAUAUAAUCAUAUAUACUUACAUUAGUAUAUUUGCCAAUAUAAAUAUACAAAAGUGAAUUAAUAUAAUAAAUAUUAAUUAUUUUUAUAUUUUAAAACUACUUGUUGUUUUAUAAUAAACUAAUGUUUGUUCUUGCGGAAUUGAAAGACACAGUUAGGAUUCCACCAGUGGAAUUCAAGCAAAAAUUGAACGAUGCUAUUACAGAUGAACUUAAUAGAAAGUUAGCUAAUAAGGUUUAUCUUAAUGUUGGUCUUUGUAUCGCUCUUCAUGACAUUACGAAAAUUGAAGAAUCAUAUAUUUUUCCCGGCGAUGGUGCAUCUCAUACCAAAGUAAUAUUUCGUUAUAUUGUAUUCCGUCCAUUUAUGGAGGAAAUAUUAAUAGGAAAAAUACGUAGUUGUAGCAUUGAUGGUGUCCAUGUAACAUUAGGAUUUUUUGAAGAUAUUGUGAUUCCACCUCACAAAUUGCAACAUCCAUCGAGAUUUGAUCAAAUGGAACAAGCAUGGGUAUGGGAAUAUGAUACUGGAGAUGGAGAAAAACAUGAUUUAUUUAUGGAUGCAGGAGAAAUUAUACGAUUCAGAGUAGUAAGUGAAACAUUUACUGAAGCCUUACCUACAGGACCGAAUAUAUCUGGGGAGACUGAAACAUCAGAAGCCAAAAAUAUAUCUCCAUAUACUUUAGGAGGUGCUAUUGAUGAGCCAGGUCUUGGAUUGCUUACAUGGUGGGAAAAUACUUAAGAAUACAAAAAUAAAUUCAGAUCAAUAAAUUUUUAUUCACAGCACA